UAAUAAGCGCUGUUGAGCAUGUGAAUGACUGUAGUUACUUUCAAUAAUGUGGCAUUUUGCGCACCUACAAUUACUGUUUAUUGUAAGAAAUUAUGUAAUAAAGGGGGGAAACUCUUUCUCUUAAUUUCACUUUUAACUGAGAAUCAAAAAAUUCCCCGCGACUCCCAGUUUCCUUUCACAAAGCACAAAUUUGGUAUCUCAACUCCCGCUAACGUUCUAGGUCCUCAGCGUCGACGCAACGUACCAAUAAAGGGGCGGUGUCUGCGCGGUGACGACAAAUCUGGCGGCCGGAAGCUGCCUCGUUUACAGAGGAACAGGGCAAUCCCUUGACUUCCGUCGGCCUUUGAGGCGAUCCUUCUAGUGCUCUGGUAGUGUUUUCGUUGUCCUUUUUUUACUUGCCAUCUGUGUUCGUUCUUUUUCUUUCCACGCCCCGUUGUCGCCUGACCCUGGCGAAGCGGUGGGCUCUGUUUCUUAGUCUCUUCGGGGUCACCUCAGUAACCGAGGACCGGUUUCCGGGAGCUGCGCGCGCGCACCUUCUUGUUGUCAUCGCCCUCCCGGGGCCAGGCGCGGGACCGAGGCUUUUCUCCCCAGCUCCUUCGAGCGGCGGCGGUGUUGGUGCCUCGGGGCUGCGCUUGCGAGGAGAGCUCGGGGCUGAGGACCUCCCUGUAACCUAGACCUGGUACCCGGAUGCAGUGCCAUUUCAGGGCAAGGUCUGACACUGUUGGACUCAGAAGAAAAGGAGAGGGCAUUUUUACUUCAUUGCAUUUCUUCCCUAACUUGGAAGUCUCAACAGUAGCUGGAAAUAAAAUUCCUUGGAUAAUCACAAUUAGUCCAAAAUGUCAAAAAUUAGAAGGAAAGUCACAGUGGAAAAUACCAAGACCAUAUCUGAUAGCACAUCUCGAAGACCCAGUGUAUUUGAAAGGCUUGGACCCAGCACUGGCAGUACAGCAGAGACACAAUGUCGUAAUUGGCUGAAGACUGGCAACUGCCUCUAUGGAAACACAUGCAGAUUCGUACAUGGUCCUUCACCCCGUGGUAAAGGCUAUAGCAGCAAUUAUAGAAGGUCACCAGAAAGACCUACAGGGGAUCUUAGAGAAAGAAUGAAGAACAAGCGCCAAGAUGUGGACACUGAGUCCCAGAAACGAAAUACAGAGGAAUCAUCCUCGCCUGUUAGGAAAGAAUCUUCAAGAGGGAGACACAGGGAAAAGGAAGACAUAAAAAUCACUAAGGAGAGAACUCCAGAAAGUGAAGAAGAGAAUGUAGAAUGGGAAACUAAUAGAGAUGAUUCUGACAAUGGAGAUAUUAAUUAUGAUUACGUUCAUGAAUUGUCAUUGGAAAUGAAGCGUCAGAAGAUACAGAGAGAAUUAAUGAAGCUUGAACAAGAAAACAUGGAGAAGAGAGAAGAAAUUAUCAUUAAAAAGGAGGUUUCACCAGAAAUGAUUAGAUCAAAAUUGUCUCCAUCACCUUCUCUAAGAAAGUCUAGCAAAUCUCCAAAGCGAAAAUCAAGCCCCAAGUCAUCUUCAGCUAGCAAGAAAGACAGGAAGACAUCUGCAGUGUCUUCUCCCCUGUUGGACCAGCAGAGGACUUCAAAAAGCAACCAAAGUAAAAAGAAAGGACCUCGUACCCCUAGUCCACCCCCUCCUAUACAGGAGGAUAUUGCUCUUGGGAAAAAGUAUAAAGAAAAGUAUAAAGUAAAAGACAGGAUAGAAGAAAAACCAAGAGAUGGAAAGGACAGAGGACGAGAUUUCGAAAGGCAAAGAGAAAAAAGAGAAAAGCCAAGGUCUGCUUCCCCUGCUGGACAGCAUCAUUCUCCUAUAUCUUCUAGACAUCAUUCAUCUUCCUCACAGUCAGGAUCAUCUAUUCAGAGACAUUCUCCUUCUCCUCGUCGAAAAAGAACUCCUUCACCGUCUUAUCAGCGGACGAUAACUCCACCUUUACGACGCUCUGCUUCUCCUUAUCCUUCACAUUCUUUGUCUUCCCCUCAGAGAAAGCAAAGUCCUCCAAGACAUCGUUCUCCAAUGCGAGAGAAAGGGAGGCAUGAUCAUGAGCGAACUUCCCAGUCUCAUGAUCGGCGUCACGAAAGGAGGGAAGAGACUAAAGGCAAAAGGGAUAGAGAAAAGGACACAAGAGAAGAACGAGAUUAUGAACAGGAUCAGAGCUCUUCUAGAGACCACAGAGAUGACAGAGAGCCUCGAGAUGGUCGAGAUCGGAGAGAUACCAGAGAUGCUAGAGACCGAAGGGAACUGAGAGACUCUAGAGAUAUGCGGGACUCUAGGGACAUGAGGGAUUAUAGCCGAGACAGCAAAGACAGCCGUGACCCCAGAGAUUCUCGUUCCACUCGAGAUGCGCAUGACUACCGGGACCGUGAGAGUCGAGAUGCUCAUCGAAAGGAGGAAACAUAUCAGGAAGAAUCCCGGAGUUACGGCAGAAACCAUUUGAGAGAAGAAAGUUCUCGUGCUGAAGUAAGGAGUGAUUCCAGAAAUGAGUCUCGAAGUGAAAUUAGGAAUGACCGGAUGGGCAGAAGUAGGGGGAGAGGUCCAGAGUUACCUGAAAAGGGAAGUCGAGGCACAAGAGGCUCUCAAAUUGAUAGUCACAGUAGUAGUAGCAACUAUCAUGAAAGCUGGGAAACUCGAAGUAGCUAUCCUGAAAGAGACAGAUAUCCUGAAAGAGACAACAGAGAUCAAGCAAGGGAUUCUUCAUUUGAGAGAAGACAUGGAGAGAGAGACCGUCGUGACAACAGAGAAAGAGAUCAAAGACCAAGCUCACCAAUUCGACAUCAGGGAAGGAAUGACGAGCUUGAGCGUGAUGAAAGAAGAGAGGAACGAAGAGUAGACAGAGUAGAUGAUAGAAGAGAUGAAAGGGCUAGAGAAAGAGAUCGGGAACGAGAACGAGACAGGGAGCGGGAGAGAGAGAGGGAACGUGAACGGGAGCGGGAACGAGAGAAAGAAAGAGAAUUAGAAAGAGAGCGUGCUAGGGAAAGGGAGAGAGAGAGAGAGAAAGAAAGAGACCGUGAGAGAGAGAGAGAUCGUGACCAUGAACGGGAGAGGGAAAGAGACAGGGAGCGAGAUCGGGAAAAAGAACGGGAGCGAGAGAGAGAAGAAAGGGAGAGGGAGAGAGAGAGAGAACGAGAGAGGGAACGAGAACGGGAACGGGAACGAGAAAGAGCGAGAGAAAGGGAUAAAGAGCGAGAACGUCAAAGGGAAUGGGAAGACAAAGACAAAGGACGAGAUGACCGCAGAGAAAAGCGAGAAGAUAUCCGAGAAGAAAGGAAUCUAAGAGAUGGGCACGAUGAAAGGAAAUCAAAGAAGCGCUAUAGAAAUGAAGGGAGUCCUAGCCCUCGUCAGUCACCUAAGCGCCGACGUGAACAUUCUCCUGACAGUGAUGCCUACAACAGUGGAGAUGAUAAAAAUGAAAAACAUAGACUCUUGAGCCAAGUUGUACUACCUCAAGAAACUCGUUCUCUCAGUCCCUCCCACCUUACAGACGACAGGCAGGGUAGAUGGAAAGAGGAGGAUCGUAAACCAGAAAGAAAAGAGAGUUCACGGCGUUACGAAGAGCAAGACAUCAAAGAGAAAAUUUCUUCUGUAGAUAAGCAGAGAGAACUGACAGAAAUCAUGGAAAGCUCAAGAACGCGUGCACAGGACAUUCUAGGACACCACCAGUCUGAAGAUCGAGAUAUAUCUGAUCGAGUUCAUGAAGAAAACAAGAAAAAAGCAAAAAUUCAGAAGAAGCCCAUUAAGAAAAAGAAAGAGGAUGAUGUUGGAAUAGAGAGGGGUCAUGCAGAGAUAAUAUCUGAAGAUGGUCAAGUAUUUUCCCCCAAAAAAGGACAGAAAAAGAAAAGUGUUGAAAAAAAACGUAAAAGAUCCAGAGGCGAUUCUGAUAUUUCUGAUGAAGAGGCAGUUCAGCAGAGUAAGAAGAAGAAAGGCCCACGGACUCCCCCUAUAACAACUAAAGAGGAAUUGGUUGAAAUUUCCCGUGCUAAGGAUGGCACUGUAGAAGAUCCUCAGAAAAAAGAAGACACAGCAUUCAGUGACUGGUCUGAUGAGGAUGUGCCUGACCGCACAGAGGCAGCAGAACCAGAGCACACUGCCAACGCUGCUACUCCUACUAGUACUCCUCCUCUGUCUUCUAUUCUUCCUCCUCCUCCUCCUGUGGCUACUGCCACUGCUGCUUUUGCCACUGCUAAUACUGUUGCUGCCAUCACCUUUACCACGUCUGCCACCACCAUUUCCGCUACUUUCACCAAUGAAGAAUCGCAUAGAAAGUGUCACAGAGCACGAGUGGAGAAAGUAGAGGCACCUCAUGUUACUAUAGAAGAUGCACCACAUCGCAAGCCAGUGGAUCAGAAGAGGAGUAGCAGCCUCGGGAGCAAUCGGAGUAAUCGUAGUCAUACAUCUGGUCGCCUCCGCUCCCCGUCCAACGACUCUGCCCAUCGAAGUGGAGAUGACCAAAGUGGUCGAAAGAGAGUACUGCAUAGUAGUUCAAGAGAUAGAGAAAAAACCAAGAGCCUGGAAAUCACAGGAGAGAGGAAAUCUAGGAUUGAUCAGUUAAAGCGUGGAGAACCUAGUCGAAGCACUUCUUCAGAUCGCCAGGAUUCAAGAAGCCAUAGUUCAAGAAGAAGUUCUCCUGAGUCAGACCGACAGGUCCAUUCAAGAUCCGGGUCAUUUGAUAGCAGAGAUCGGCUUCAAGAACGUGAUAGAUAUGAACAUGAUAGAGACCGGGAGAGAGAGAGGAGGGAUACAAGGCAGAGAGAGUGGGACCGAGAUGCUGAUAAAGAUUGGACACGGAACAGGGACCGAGAUAGAUUGCGGGAGCGAGAGAGAGAACGAGACAAAAGGAGAGAGUUAGACAGAGAAAGAGAGAGACUAAUUCCAGAUUGUACUGAAAGGGAUAGGGACAGAGACAGAACUUUUGAGAAUUCUUUCCAAAUAGAGAGUGUAAAACGCAGUGAAACAAAAUUGGAAAGUGAGCAUGAAAGAGACCUAGAAGGUGCUCCUCGAGACUCUACAGCUUUUGAUAAAGAAAGAAUGGAUAAAGAUCUGGGAUCUGUGCAGGGAUUUGAAGAUAUAAAUAAAUCUGAGAGAACCGAGAGUGUAGAAGCAGGAGAUGAUGAUUCCAAGUUAGAUGAUGCACAGUCACUAGGGUCUGGGGCUGGAGAAGGAUACGAGCCAAUCAGUGAUGAUGAACUAGAUGAAAUUCUGGCAGGUGAUGCUGAAAAGAGGGAGGAUCAACAAGAUGAAGAGAAGAUGCCAGAUCCUUUAGACGUGAUAGAUGUGGAUUGGUCUGGUCUUAUGCCAAAACAUCCAAAAGAACCACGAGAGCCUGGGGCUGCACUCUUAAAAUUCACACCUGGAGCUGUUAUGCUGAGAGUUGGGAUUUCUAAAAAAUUAGCAGGUUCUGAACUUUUUACCAAAGUCAAAGAAACAUGUCAGAGACUUUUAGAAAAACCCAAAGAUACAGACAGUCUUUUUGAACAUGAAUUGGGGGCCCUCAACAUGGCUGCAUUACUACGAAAAGAAGAAAGAGCAAGUCUUCUUAGUAACCUUGGACCGUGUUGUAAAGCAUUGUGCUUCAGACGGGAUUCUGCAAUUCGUAAGCAACUUGUUAAAAAUGAAAAGGGCACUGUGAAACAAGCUUACACAAAUGCUCCAGUGGUAGACAAUGAAUUAUUACGAUUGAGUCUGAGACUAUUUAAACGGAAGACUACUUGCCAUGCCCCAGGACAUGAAAAGACUGAAGAUAAUAAUAAACUUUCACAGUCCAGUAUCCAACAGGAAGUGUGUGUGUCUUAAGACUGAAACUUAGUAUGACAUUUUUGGUACUAUCUUCCUUCCACAGUGUGUAUUCUGUUUCAAAGUUCUUUGGUUUGAUAAGCAUCCUUAGUGACAAAGGCAGAAGAGAUUUAUCAGCCAUGCUAAAAGAGUGGAGAAGAACUUUGAUCUAAAGUUUAAAGACGCUAGUUUUGGCUAGCAAGAUUUUACAUUAAUUUUUACGAGUACUUGAUACUCAUACAAAAUAAUGUGAAAGCAUCUAGAUGUAGUCAUUUGUUCUGCAUCUCUUGUUAAAAAAGAUUUUGGAAAAUGGUUGUCACUGUUGUUCCAGCCUACGAGUAUUUUUUAUGAAAUGGAGCCACUGAUUGAUGUUCUGGAUCGUCCAUACAGAAACUACGAUGUUACUCAGACUCACCAUGUUCAUCACAGACAGCAGCUGCACGCUCUGAGGCCACACUAUGUGGUACAGAACAUGGAAUGCUGGUCUAGCAGGGCAUGCUUUGGGCCAUGUCCGGCAGCAGGGAGGGAGCCAAAAUGCUUUUUUUCCUUUUGAAACUUUUUAAAAAGUACUUAAUGGGUUUUUUUUUUCUACAUAAAUGUGCAUCAUUACAGUGUAUAUUGGAUGUAUUUGGAUUAUCAUUUUUUUUUCAGAGACUGUCUACUUUUAAUUUUAAAUAAAUGCACCUUCCCUUUCCUUGUUCUAGAUUUACUUGCUCUUCAUUAAUCUUAUUCUGAUGUUCUGAAACAUUUGUCAUCAACAUUACAUUUCAUGCUUUAAAUAUUUUACUGCUUAUGUCACUCUUGCAUAGCUGUAAAUAAUGUGGUAAGAGUUGAGGGUGUACUUCAAAUAUAGCUCAGUAUCCUUGAAACAAACAGAUUUUCCUAGUUAAAAUUAUAUAACUAUCUUUAAGUAUUGUAUUUAAAUUUGUACUUGGACUUUCCUAUUUAAUCUGAGCUUUAAAAUCCAAUCAUAUUUUUCAGAGGUAUAGUCUUUGAUAUGAAGUGUAUUAUAGCUGUUAAAUAUGUAAAAGCCUGUUUUCAUCUUUUCACCCAUAAAAAUGUUUGAUUACAUUAAACUGCCUCCAGCCUAUAAUAUGUAAGACAGAUUUGCUUUUUAAAAAUUGCAGUAUCCCAGCUUUGAUCUAUAUGUACAUAUUUAACUAAUGAAGUGGACUCUUAUAAGGGUUUGAAAUUGACUCCACACUACAGAUUUUGUGGGCAGGCAGUAAUAAUAAAAAUAAAAGAAACCAAUCAAAAUUAUAAUUUGAUCAGUACCUCUCACAGGUUUUUGUUAGAACUGUAACCUUAUGUUACUUGUCUCAGUAGCCUUGUUUCCUUUUCUCUAAAGGUAGCAUAAUGUCACUGGUGUAAAGUUUCUGUUCAUUUCAACAAGCAUUCAUCGUACAGUUAAUUUGUACAAGAUACUUCACCAGCAAAGGAAGUGGUCUUAUUUUCGAAUGACUGUGAAAGCAUGUAUAAGAAAAUUGCCAAAAGGGGAAACAACAAAAAAGGAAUCGAAGUUUCCUGAUGUCCUUUUCUUGGUUUGCCUUUACUGAAUGUUUUGAAUAAAGAAAAAAAAACCACAAAAUUCUUUAGUGACCCAUUAGGAAACUGCUUCCUGAUUCUAGUGGAUAAUACUGUUCUCUGUAGCAUAAAGAUUUAAAGUCUACAACUUGUAAUCCUUGUUCCCAGAAUUGUGGAAUAUGGUCUUCCUUUUUUGCCCACAUAGUAGGAAGAUUUCAUGGAAUGAAAAUUUUGUAGUCCAUUCUGCCAUAUAGUUAACUCCGGUGCCUUUUUAGUUUUGAAUAUCUUUUUGUUACAUCGUGAAAGAAAUUUUUACAACUAUUCUUUUGUUCACUUGGUCACAGUGUCCAGAGCCUUGUGUUCCCAGUGAGAAUGUACUGUUAAGUCUCAUGUUUUUUUUUUUUUUUUUUAAUUCAGCCAUUCUCAUUAUUACUAACCAUACAACUAAAAAGUUCUUCUAAAGCAAAUGUUUCUACCAGAUUUUUCAUAAAAUCUCUUGGACCAUAAUUAAAGUCUCAAUUAAACCAGUAUUCCUGAAAACAUCUUCCAGUCUGUAAAUUAUUUGCUAGUAGUUAACAGCUCAUCUCUCUCAUAGCUGGUGGAUCAAGUUUGUCCAUUUGCCAUAAUUGCACAGCUGUACCCCAGCUACUGGCAGUACGGAGUUGUCUGCAUAGAGAAGGGGCAAGAACAUGUCUGCAUUCCAAAAAAAUGAGAGUUAACUAUUAUAAUUAGAUAAUUGAUUCAGCUGUUUUGAUUUUUUUGGGCAGCUAUUCUUACCAUUUAGUAAAGUGUUUUACUAACUUAGAAUAAUAGCUGGAUUUGUAGGUUUACCUAAGAUGUGUUAAGUAUACCUAAGUAGUAACUUAAUAUGUUGAAGAAAUCAGACCCAUCACUUCCCUUUACUCUGAUCAGUCAUUGCAGGUUGUCUUCUCCAUCCUACCCAAUAACUACAACAUUAGGGUCUUAUGACAUCCUUAUUUACUUGAAUGUUUGUGGCAUCAGAAACAUGUUCAACAUUAUUUCUUACUGUCCAGUUUUGUAAAGAUUAAGAUAUGUAGUAUCUGAAUUGUUCAUGGUGCUUGUAAACCUCAGAAGAGUUGCUAGCUGAACCUCAGCUUGUUAUUUAAAAAGGUCUAAUUCAACUUUAUUUCACCACCGACUUUCAAAGGGUAUUCUCUUUUAUGUAUUUUCCUAGCUAAACUUAGAUAGCUGUCUUUCUAAAUGCUGUAUUUAAAUUUGUACUUGGACUUUAUUACCAUUAAACUAUAUAAUAAACUUGCUUUAUUUAUUAGUUUUGGGUUGACCUUUCCACUUCAAGUAUUUUGAAAAUGGCAAAACUGAUAAAUAAGGGAAGCUUAUUAUAUAUGUAGUGUAUAGUUUUAUGUUGUCUUGGUGUGCAUCUUUGCAGACUUUGUCAUUUUGAAUAACACAUUUUCUGAACUAAAGCUCUUUUGGUUGUGAUAGAAAUACAGUUGGAGUAGCUCAGCAAAGAUGGGAAAUAAACACACAUAUGAAUAAAAUAAUUGUAAUUGCAAUGAAGGAAAAAGCCAGAGGGCUGAGAUGGAGAAUAAUACAGUGCAGGUUGGGAAUGAGGUGAUAUUUUAGACUGAUAGUCAGGAAGGUCGUAUGUAUAUGAUGAGAUCUAAAACAUGAAAAGCAGCUAGCAGGGCAAAGAGUGGGAAAGAGCAUUUCAGAGGAAUUGGAACAUGCAAAAGCUUGAACUAGGAAAAGAGCUUUGGUGCAUUCCAAGAACUGAAGUACUAGUGUUGCUUCAGCGUUAGGGGGGUGGGAAGGCUAGAGAGGGAGUCUAGAACAGCAUUGUCUUAACAACUCUUUGAUGAUGGAAAUGUUUUAUAUCCGUACCGUCCAAUAAUGUAUCCACUAACCGCAGGUGACUUUUGAGCAUGUGAAUGUGGUUAGUGCCACUAAGGGACUGAUUUUUAAAAAUUUUGUUUAAUUAAAAUAACUGUAUGUGGGUAGUGGCUACCAUUUUGGAUGGUGCAGUUCUAGACCUUAGCAAAGCCUUGUGGAAUAUGGAAGUGUUUCCCAAAGUGGUAAACAAGAGGACCCUUUUUUGUUUUGUUUUAUAUUUAAUGUUACAGUUACUCUCUAUGUAUGGCAAGUGGUGCUGAUUUUUCAUUUACUUUGCCAGUAUAACAUUUCCUUUUAGAAUAAAUGUAAAUUACUAGAUUAAUUUAGGGCAGGUGGUAUAGAAAUGGGAUAAAAUUUAGUGGUGAUCAAGUAACUUGAAGUUUAGAAAGUACAAGCUCUGUAUGAAGUUGGGAUUUUAUUUGAAGGAAAAAAUAGAGAUAAUGAUAAAAGAUAUUCACAUCAAAAAAAGGCAAGCAGAAGAGAAAUGUAAAACAGGAGUGGCAAAUACAAAAUACAGAUUUAAACCUAAACGUAUAAAUAAAAAUAGAUUCAGUAAAAGACCAAAUGUGUGUGCUGCUUAUGAGAGACCUGAAACAGAGGAGAUAAAAAUUUUGAAAGUAAAAGGAUGAAAAAAAGAUAAACAUCAAAAGAAAGUUAUAUUAAUCAAUUAUCCCUAUGUAUUUUGUAUUUAUUGCCAUGGCAGUGUUACCAAGUGAUUUUCUAAUUCCAUCAUCUAUGUUUAUUAGUUAAAAUUCUACUUUAAGGGAGCGUCCCUACCCAGAUUCUUUCCCCAUAUCAGUGUAAACUCAAAUGGAUUCUUAUUCUAUAGAUGAUAGUUUUUUACUAUCAUCUUGUUGCUCAAAUUGUCCAAGAUUUUAGACUUGUUCAUUUACAUUCUCUGUGUGACAGUCCCAGUAUUUAUUGUCACUUCCGGAUCUGUUUCUGUUGUAUGUUGUUUUUUAUUUCUUUUUCAUACUGUCUAUUCUUAGACCUGGUUAUCUUUAAUUAUGUGCCAAAAUUGUAAUUGCAAAUGGUAGAAAAAGCUUGAGGUAUAGGAUGCUGUUGUCCUCCUUCAGAAACAAGUUUUGUUUAGGGUCACUGUCAAACCAAGAACACCUAAAUAUAGUUUCGGGAACUGAGAUCUGGGUCACCCAAAUUACCUGAGUCUGGGCUGCAGUCUAUGCGUGGGCACAUCUGGCUCACCAUCCUUCCCAAGGCUCAGCCCUUGGGGUCUGGACCCAAAGUGCAAGCUCUACAAGAGCCUCCAUCUUUGGUGGACCCUGUGCUCCAAUGUUUUCCACCUUCCCUAAGAGGACAUCUCAGCCCCCUUUCCAGAUUGUCAUAAACUCAUUGGGUAAAAUUGGCCUCAGAUGCCAGGUGUACUUCUGAAUUUCAAUCUCCUGAAUUUUGGCCAUGUUAAUCUGC